CUCUGUCUUUCCACUUUAAUUCAUUUAAUGUCAUCGUAUGCAACCGUGUAAUGAAUUUCGCCAUUUUCUUUUUUUCAUCACUUUUUUUGUCAUCAAAAAUGACCACAAACGAAUCAAACUUCGGCAACGACGGAUGGAAAAGUUCUGUGUGAAAAAUUAUUAUUGAAGAAAUUUUAGAAUCACGUAAAUAUUUUGUUUUGUUUAUCAAAUUCACUAGCACUUGUAAACCCCUCGUAAAUGUUAACAAGUGUUGCGUGUUAUAAGCAAAGAAAACAAAUUAGAAAAACGUCUGAAAGUUUCUAAAGCGAAUUCUUUACGUUAAUACAUUUCUUUUAUGGCAGCUAACAAUAUGCACAAUCUGCACGGCUUACCGUCACAACAAGCGUCAUCAUUGACACCUAGUCUAAUGCCGCAAUCAGUUAUAGCUUCCACAGGCACAGUUACGCCUAUGAUGGGGCACAUAACUAUGCCGCAAAAUAACACCGGUAAUAACAGUGGAAGUGUUGCAGCGGGUGUUAGCAUAGUUACAGCAGGACAAAGUGCCUGGGAGCAGUUGACCGCCUCCAACACCAACGUGAAUGCAAGUUUAAUAACAGCAUCUACUAGCAGCACACCUGCAAGUCUAGCUCAUGAUCCUAAUGCAAUCAACAACAACAAUAGUUCAUUAGUUGGCAGCGGCAUGAUGUCAGGCGCUAAUUCACCGGCAGGUCCCAGCUGUUCUUCCCCUUCAACUCCCGCAAAGCAAGGUCCUACACUCAUGGAUGGCGUAAUGGCUCAUACACCGCAGGGCACACCGUCGAUGUAUCAAGGUGGCAGUUAUGGUGAAGAGCUAACGCCUGAGCUAUUUAGUCAGGGCUGGCGAAAAUUUUGGUCAAAGCGUGAAAAUCGUCCAUACUAUUGGAAUAAAGUAACAGGCGAAUCAUUGUGGGAGAUGCCAGGGGCGCGCCCUUUUGAUCCACUUACUGACCCGCUGGGCAUUUGUCAUGCCGGCGGUCAACCACCUUUGCACCAUUCACAUUCACACAUGCAACAACAGCAUCACAAUUUAAAACGUCGGCCUUCAGAUGAUAUGCAUAUGCAUGCGCAUGGACACCAGCAGCCACCCAUGAAAAAAUUCAUUUUGGCGGGACCGUGGGACUUGGAGGUAUGCACGAAUGCUGUUAUCGUAGAAAGGCCACCAACUUUAUUGCCGCAACCCCAUCCCGAGAUCGAAGCACUACGCGCUGCUUACACAAUGAAAUUGGUAAAAACAUACGAAGAUCUUUGCAUGCGUCGAGAGAGUAUUAAGGCACCUAAGGAUUCAUUUAACCGUUGGCUGAUUGAACGGAAAGUGAUUGACAACGGUUGCGACCCUCUGUUACCCAGCAAUUGCAUGCCGGAAAUAUCACCAUCAAUGUAUCGUGAAAUAAUGUCCGACAUCCCAAUAAAAAUUGUCAAACCAAAAUUCACUGGAGAUGCUCGUAAGCAAUUAUCACGUUACGCCGAAGCAGCUAAACAGAUAAUAGAAUCUCGUUCGGCGCCAGCUGAAUCGAAAAAGGUUGUCAAAUGGAAUGUCGAAGAUACAUUUCAAUGGUUGCGUCGCACGGUCGGAGCUAGCUAUGAAGAUUUUCAAGAUCGUUUGGCUCAUUUGAAAAGACAGUGUGAACCACAUCUCACCGAGACCGUCAAAAGUUCAGUGGAAGCUUUGUGUGCUAAAAUAUAUCACAUGUCCGCUGAGCAUGCACGCAAAAUACGUGAGCGUCAUAUGCAACUCCUAAAGGAGCAUGGCAUACCAGAACCUACACCACCACCACCGCCGCCCCACUUAAAAAAAGUCUGGUGCUAUCCUAUACAAUUUGCGGUGCCCUCACCUCGUAUGCCCGCAAUAGAAUAUGUACAAGAUCGAGAUCACAUGAUUAUCAAAUACACACCUUCAACGCUCAACCAACCAGAUGCUCAAUAUAUUAAUUUGACACAUUUGCAAAAACUAGAACAACUCUAUCGUUACAAUUGUUUUGAUGAUAAAAAGUUUGAUCUGUUCAUUGGACGGGUAUGGUGUUUACUAAAACGAUAUCAAACAUUUUUGGGCAAUGCUUUAAACUCGUCACAAGAAGCCGAACUAACACAAGCCUCCUUACCCACUCCCGUUUUUGAGUGCUUACAUCGUCAUUUUGGCGUAACUUUCGAAUGUUUUGCUUCGCCAUUCAAUUCAUAUUUUCGCCAGUAUUGUUCAGCAUUUGCCGAUACUGACGCUUACUUUGGAUCUAGAGGACCUUUCUUAGACUUCAAACCAGUGUCAGGUUCAUUUCAAGUUAAUCCCCCACACUGUGAAGAACUAAUUGAUGCCGCUUUGGUCCAUAUUGAUAAACUGUUAAACGAUUCUAUGGAACCUUUAAGCUUUAUCGUUUUCUUACCCGAAUGGAAAAGCCUAGCCAAGUUGGAGGAAAACAUAUAUAAACGUCGUUCUAUGGUAGUGUUGGGUAUGGCUCAUGAAUAUCGGCACGGAUAUCAGCAUAUUAUACCGAAAGCCGAUGUGAAUGUAAAAUGUAUGCAAGGCACACAGGUGGUUUGGUUGCAGAACAGUGCUGGCCACGCCCGCUGGGGUCCGAAUGAAAAUCGAGUGGAAGCAUUGCGUGAAGCGUUUAGGCCGCAACGAGACCGUGAACGCGAACGAGAACGUCAAGCGGCGGCCAACUCAUCCUCGCAAGCAUCUACUUCGUCAACAGGUAAUUCUUCUUUAAUCUCUUCUGGAUCUCCAUCAUCAUCGUCGAUACCAACUACGAGUGGUCUGACACCACAACAUUCACAGAUUUAUACCACUAGUAAUAUCAACACAACUGUGGGCUUUACUCCAACGUCUACCAUAUCAAUGGCAGGAUCCUCUUUGUCUACCGCUACAACUCUGGCGGCAACAACAGCUUGUAUGGCUUCACCUUCAGGAGCUUCAACAUCAUCGGGUUUCUCAUCGGCUAGCAGUAGUUACGGCAGUUCGAAUAUGUCACCUUCCCCUUUAUCGCCACAUACGCCACCUUCUAAUUAUCAUGCGUCAGCUUCGCCAGGUUUAAGUGUGCAAAGCGAUUGCUCUUCACCUACAUCAUCGACUACUUCUCUGUCUCCAGCGCCGUUAAUGGACUCGUCUGCAAUUAGUGUUAUUAAUCCAUCAACCGCUGUGUCGAUCACAGCCACAGCCACAGCUACAAGUUCGGCUACUUCUGCGGCAGCGGCGGCCGCUUUUGCUAGUUUGGUUGCAGGCGGAAAUAACGCUACAACCAAUGGAUCGGCGUCUUCUAUAACAACUACGGUAGCAGCCACUGUCAUUAAUUCAGCUGUUUAAAGAGAUCAAAUGCGCAACUUCAUUUCACAAAGCGUAAUUUUAAUUUCUUUUAUCCUUGAUGUAUAUAAAGAAUAUUUACUUCAUAGUGACUAUAAAAAAUCUCACACAUCUACUUUAAGCAUCAACUAGGUGCGGAUAGUUUAACUGAGGCAGAACCUAUCUUUUACUAUGUUGAUCGUUGACCCAAUCAGUUAUGAUUUUGGUAACAAAUAUUGCAUUGCAUUCAAUGGGUUAGAACUCCAUCCCCAUAAUAUUUGUUUAUCACAAAAAUCUUUAUAUAAUAAUAUUGUAAAUAUAUAUUGUAACUUGUGGAGCCUUGUUCUCAAACUGAACCCUUAUUACGAAAUUGGGCAAUAGGCAUAUACAGACAAGUAAUUUAGUUACGUACUGAACAAAAAUUUACUAAAAAUUUUUAUUAGCAUUUAUAAAAAAACAAACAAAAAACAAAAAAAAAAAGGAAUUUGGAGUGAAGAGCAAUAAUUUCACAUCCAAUAAAAGAGUACGAUGCUAGACGGAUCGACCUUGUCGACCAUAUCACUGGCAUUUGUGUUAAGAUGUAAUAAACAUAAAAGGGGCAAUUUAUGCUUUAAGUUUCAACUCGUAUCUUUAUUUUCCAAUUUGUUUUU